AUGGCAGAAGUUUUGGAUACCAUUGUUAUCGGUGCUGGCUGGGCCGGCUCCGUUGCCGCACGCGAACUUGCGACCAAGGGACGCAAGGUGCUUGUCCUUGAGGCGAGAGACAGAAUUGGAGGACGCGCAAACACGUGGACCAAGGGGGACGUCAAGGUUGACGUUGGCUGCAGCUGGAUUCAUGGAUUUUUGGAGGGAAACCCCGCUAGAUAUAUUGCCCAAGACUUCAGUGUCGCUGCUCAUCUGCCCAAGCCUGCUGAAGGUGUGGUUUAUGGCCCCAACGGCCGCCUUCCCAGCUCCAACGCUGAUAGCUUGCGUGCAUCUCUGGGCACUGCCCAAGCCGCGCUGAAGCUCCCUCACCCUUCUCCCCCGCCAUCCGCCUCUUUGGCAUCAGCUCUACUGGCUCCUAACUCGGCUUUGUUUGCAUCUGCCUCUGAACAGUCUGCAAAGGACUUGGCCGCUGCCCUCGCUCGUUCUCUUGAGGUGCCUCUUGGCCUAAAACUUGAGAAGGCCUCCCUUAAGUGGGCAGGCUGGGAAAGCACUACGGCCUUUGCUGGCUCUGAUGCCGCACCCGAGGGAGGCUACGAGGCGCUGGUCACCAGGGUUGUCGAGGAUGCCAAGGCGAAGGGCGUCCAAGUGAAGCUGAGCACCAAGAUUGCUAGCGUAUCACAGACCGACAACGGUGUGGUUGUGACCGACACGAAUGGCAACAAGUUCACGGCGAAGACAGUCGUUUCCACCAUACCCCUUGGAGUUCUCAAGACUCUUCCAGAGAGCACUUUCAACCCCGCCCUGCCGCCUCGAUUCCAGGAGGCCAUCAAGGGCACCCACGUUGGUGUUCUGGAGAAGCUUCUGCUCCAGUACCCUACUGCCUGGUGGCCAGAGGCCGACACGGCCGGCUCGUACACUUUCCUGCCUACUUCUACCAAGCCCGUCACUGAAAGCUCGACUACUCUCGAGGUCUUUGAGGCUUCUACCUUGAUCACCGCCAACUUCGCCGGCCCGUCCCUCCCUGGCCCGAGCCCAACUCUUCUCACCUACCUCUCCGAGACCCCUGCGACCAUACUUCUUCAACGGGAUCCCAAGGAAGUCGCGGCCGCUUUCCACAAGUUCCUCAUCUCCCGUUUUCAGACGUCGUCUCAACCGCCUGAGCCGACCGAAACCAACUUGACCAACUGGCUCACUGACGAGUACUCACGGGGUGCUACGACGACGCCGUCCAUUAUCUCGGAGAACGGCGAGCGCAGCCCGCUCGACUUCAAGGAGCUUAGCAGGCCUGUUUGGAACGGACGCCUUGGAUUCGCUGGCGAGCACACCGAAAUGGAGCACCGCGGAAGCGUCGCAGGAGCCGUCGUUAGCGGUUACAGAGAAGCCGAGCGUGUCGGCAGACUGCUGAAGCUUCUCGAAGAGAGUGCAAAGUUGUAG